AGCUGUCUCUUGGCUGCUGCUGCGGGGCCGUCGGGCCUGGAUUAGAGCCUGAGCCGGAGCAGGACUUUGGGCUUGUGUCCUGCUAGCGGGCCGGGAGCUCCCGGAGAAGGGCGCGGGGGAUCCAUGGGGCGGACACCCCAGGACAGGGCGGUGGCACCAGGCUCGCUAAGGCCCGCAGCUUGUCACUGAUCGGGACCUGGAGGCCGCGCUGAGCUGUAGAGGUCAGAGACUCAAUGCCCAGCGGGGGGCAGAAGCAGACACACUGCGGUCUGUUCUCAGGACCAUGCUCCGGAUUUUUGUCAUUUUCUUGGUAACACAACUACCUCAUUCGGAAGCUCUACAGUGCUACCCAGGCGAAUAUGAAAUAAAUGGCGAAUGCUGUCCCAUGUGCAGUGCUGGGAGCAGGGUGGUCAAACAUUGUAAACCAAGUAGCAGCACAACAUGCAUGCCCUGUGUGGACGACACAUAUACAGAGCAUCCCAAUGGCCUAACAGAGUGCAUGAGAUGUAAAGUCUGCGAUGCAGGUAAGGAAGCUGGUCUGUGUGUGUUCCAAGGUCUUUCCAAAGGCACAGAAUUCAGCGACAACGUAUGUGAGGUUUGCCCUGAAGGAACCUUCUCAGCAACCAACAUGUCACACACCUGUCAGCCAUGGACCAGGUGUGAAGAGGAAGGGAUGAGAGAACAAAAGGCCGGGACAGCCACUUCUGAUGCAGUUUGUGUACAAAGAGGCCUUUCUACCACAGCGAUAGCAGUACUAAUAGUCCUUGCUCUCUCACUUUUAUCUGCAUUUGCUGGAACAGCGUUCUUUUUUUGGUGGAAGAAGAAGAGGAAAUAUGGAUUAACACCUGCACAGGAGACAGGGGGUGAGCUAAACGAAGAGGUUGCGGAAAAUCUGAUACAGACUAAUAAAAAAAGGACUGAUGCAGCCCUCCCUGUUCAGGAAACUACUAAAAACUCUGGCACAUCCACCCUUCACAGCACCCGAACAAACACAGGCAAGAGCCGAUGCACUUUUUCAAAGUUGGGGAAGAGAGAAAACCAUUUGUCAGCCCUGCAAGUGAGAGAGGAGGAACAUGGAGAGGAGUCUCUCCUACAGACCUAGGGAAAUGGCCACCAGCCUGGAUUCUUCUGAAGGCUCAGGACUACUCUAGAAAAAGCUGAAUGAUCAAGGAC